UUCCCGAAUCAUCCCUAUUACUCUACAUGGUCUCAAUAUAUUGUAAAGACUUCGGCGGCAAGCAGGUUCCCCCACCCAACGCAUUCGCCGAGGGCCAAAACGCUCGGGACUAUCUGCUCAGGGAUGCCCAACUCGUUACCUGGGAGUAUAUUACACUCGGAGACCUGGUGACUUCAUUUGCCACGAGCUUGGACCAGAUAGCUCCACGGUACGUCACCGGGGGCCGAAUCACAGGAUACCAGUUAAUGGACAUAGCCCACGGCGCGGGGCAAAUGAGCCCGGAAAUCAUCCAUCCCCGGCUCAGCGCCAACUGGACUGUUCUGCUUCGAGAUAUGCCCUGUCUGUUCGAUGCUAACAUGAGGGAUCCCAUCGCUAGCAUUCGACCAACAGCCGCAAACUCCCCAUGCAACCACUUGCCUAUUGGCCAAAAUUUGCUCGCUGCGAAAUUUCAGACUCUGAACGAUAUCAAAGAGUACUAGUAUCUCCACCGACAGCAGCGCUUUUCAGAAUGUUUCUGGAGGCGUGUGGAUGGCUUCGUCUGAAGCUUUCACAACCUGUAAUUAUGAUGAGGACUCUAAAAUGACUGUUGACGAAACCAUAGCCUUCCACAAACUAUCGUGAAGAAGCCGAAGAAGAAAACCAAGGAGGUUCAGGACGCGCAGGCGCAGGCGCAGAAGAUCCCGGAAGACGAUGUGGUGGUGUUUGAGAAGAUAACGAAUC